AUGUUCUCACCGUGGCACUCGGUUUUGUCACUCGGUUUGCUGUUGACGCUGUUGGCCGGAACUAGGUGCGAGGGAGAGUGUACGACCCGGUCAGCCAACCCGCAGCAAGGCCGCUGUGUAUCUGUUUCAAAAUGUGCUCCAAUCAAACAGCAUCUGCUGCGUUUACAGUUCCGUGAGGCCGACGAUUAUGUGGCGUUUCUGCGAGAACGUGCUUGUGGCCAUGGCAAGGAUGGGACUCUCCAUGUGUGCUGUACCGGGAAGAUGCCUAGUGAUUGUCGCCCCGAGCUGGUGGAGAAUCCUGAGGCAGCUGCUUGCCCAACGGAUUGCGCACCGUUGGAGGACUGUCCGAUGGUGUACGAGCAAAGUGCGGUCCUGCAGAAGCGCUACGAUCGAAGGCUGCAUCGACUGUUGAACCGUAACUUUUGCCACGAAAAAUCUGGCCAACUGUACGUGUGUUGCGAUCCGGAGCAGUUCACGAGUCAUCGGGCCAGUAUCGGGGACCCGCUGGAGAAACGUGUCAGCUGGCAGGCCUGCACGACACCGUUCGGUGAUGAGGGUAAAUGUGUACCACCGGCUCGCUGUUCGAUGGUGGAUGAUCCCACAACGAUCGCUUCCGAGCUGGAAGCGUUUAUGGUUGGGUGCGAUCCGGUGAUGGACCAGCCACAUCUUUGCUGUACCGAUUCGCUACUGAUCUACAAUCAGGAGAUGGGCCAAGAGUGUGAAACGGAGUCCGGUGUGCUGGGGGUAUGCUCCGAGGCCGAACGGUGCCUGGAUUUCAUCGAAUCCACCGAGAAGGACGUGUACGUCCGGAAGAACUGGUGCUACACCAGUCUACAGAAAGUGGACUAUCUAUGUUGCGCUAGCGACCGCAUCAAGGAAGUACCGGCCAUCGAAUUUGGCGUGCGUGCUGGUGAGAACGCUCCGGAAUGUACCACACCGCUGAACCGUCCGGGAUUGUGUGUCCCUUUGGCCGAAUGCAGUCUGGUGUCACGGCUGUUGCGGCAAAUAUCCGCUCGUGGAACCGCACCGACGGCAGACGAAGCAAUGUUUCUGCGUGGCUCCAUCUGUACUGCACCGAGUGGAGCAUCGGGGUAUCAUGUUUGUUGCGAUGCAACGACAGUCCAAACGGCGCCUACUACCGCAGCACCAGCUCGUGUGGCGACAACUGCAGCACCAGCUGCAUCACCUUUGCUCAAUCAUCCAAACAUUCGCCUGUUUGAUCGCAACACGUGUGGCGUACCGGCAACGGUCAAUAAGAUCGCCUUCGGGCAAAAGGCCCGCCUGUUCCAGUAUCCCUGGAUGGCCAUGAUCAUCUACAUGUCCGCCGGUGUCGAGAGUGCAAACUGUGCCGGUACCAUCAUCAAUAAUCGCUACGUUCUCACCGCAGCUCACUGUAUCGAUGGCCAGAUGGAACGUUUGCAGUACGUACGGAUUGGGGAGUUUGACACUCGCACCGAUCCUGACUGUGAAGACGAUUCGUGUGCUGCACCGUUUCAGCGGUAUGGCGUCACGGAGUCACGCUUUCAUCCCAACUUUACCCGCAUCGUCCGUUCCGGGCACGACAUUGGGCUGCUCCGGUUGGAUCGUACCAUCGACUUUAGCACGGGAGACGUUUCACCGGUCUGUCUCCCCUUCACGGCCGGGUUGAUUGAAUUCGAUCCGACGAUGUACUGGAUUACCGGUUGGGGACUUACGGAACGGUUAGAAGUUAGCCCCGUACUGCUACAGGCACGCAUCCCUUCGGUGGCGUGUAGUUUAUCGUCCUAUGCAAUCUGUGCUGGAUUUGGCAAUGCCACGCUCCACUGUGAAGGUGACUCGGGUGGGCCUAUGAAGGCACAGGUGCCCGAGUACAACUUCCGCUACGUCCAGUACGGUGUGAUCUCGGCUGGACCGCACUGCGGUGCCUCGGGUGUGCCUGGUAUCAGUUCGCGCAUUUCUUAUUUCGUUGAGUGGAUACUUGAUAAUAUCCGGGAAUGAAAUAAAACCAAUCUUUUACUGUA